AAAAUUCCAAGUUUGAAUUUGCCUGGUACUUAAUGGGUUAAGCAAAAAUUGAUGAAUUGACAUACCAUAAGAUUGUGGCUGUACUCGUAUUCUUUUAAAAAUGAAAUAGAAAUAGUCACACAAACAAAAUACCACGUGUUGAAAAGAAAUAACACAAUUUUAUUGUGAAUGCAUUCAAUUUUGACAACUCAUUUUUUGCGUUGCAUUAAAUGUGUGAAGUUCACGAAGUUGACGAAGUUGACGUGGUUUUAUCUCAUACAAGAAAACAUAAUCCUAAGCAUAAAUAUGUCUAAAAGUUCAGAGUGUUUCAGUAAAUAUCGUGAUCAACAGUUUAUGGGAUCACGGGCGGAACAAGAACGCGCACUUCGAGAAUCCAAAACCUUAUAUGUUGGAAACUUGUCUUUCUACACAACAGAGGGUCAAAUAUAUGAAUUAUUUUCGCGUUGUGGAGACAUAAAGAAUUUAAUCAUGGGAUUAGAUAAAUUUAAGAAAACUCCCUGUGGUUUUUGUUUCAUUGAGUAUUACUUGCGUUCAGAAGCUGAAGAUGCUCUGAGAUAUUUGAACAAUACCAGCCUGGAUGAGAGAAUCAUUAGAAUUGAUUGGGACGCUGGAUUUGUUGAAGGUCGUCAAUAUGGUAGAGGUAGGACUGGUGGUCAAGUGCGCGAUGAAUUCCGCACUGAUUAUGAUGCUGAUCGUGGGGGUUUUGGAAAGUUGAUGUCUCAAACACCUGUCCCAGACAUAUUUAAUCAUUAAGAAUUAAAAAUGUAUUGUAAAGUACUUAAGUUUGUCUAAGACAAAAUCUUUUUCACAAAUAAAAUGCAAA